GAGGAGGGCGGGACAAGGCGACUUUCAGUUUGGAGACUUCUGGGUAGCGCCGACAAUGCGCUUUUUGAAGGUUUAUGACAACUGUGCUGAAUAAACGUUAAUUUCUGCGAAAGACAAGCGCACAAAACAUCUCGGCAAUUAAACUUUGACUCCAAUGAAUCCAGCAGCAUGAUGCGCUUCAUGUUGCUUUUCAGCCGGCAAGGCAAACUAAGGCUGCAGAAAUGGUAUGUAGCCAUUGGAGACAAGGAGAAAAAAAAGAUCACCAGGGAGAUGACACAAAUUGUGUUGGGGAGAAAACCUCAGACCUGCAAUUUUAUUGAUUGGAAGGACCUGAAAAUUGUAUAUAAAAGGUAUGCUAGCUUGUAUUUCUGCUGUGCAAUGGAAGGCCAAGAUAAUGAACUUUUGACGUUGGAGUUAAUGCACCGCUAUGUUGAACUUUUGGAUAACUACUUUGGAAAUGUGUGUGAGUUGGACAUCAUUUUUAACUUUGAAAAAGCAUAUUUUAUACUGGAUGAAUUUCUCAUGGGAGGAGAAAUUCAAGAAACCUCUAAACUCUCAGUCUCAAAAUCCAUCGAAGAGUCAGAUAUGUUGCAAGAGACUUUGGAAGAAUAUAUGAGUAAACCAGCUUUUUAAAAGAACUAAAUCACUACUAUUUUGCAAUAUAAACCAGUACAACCUCUGAGAUGCUGAAGUGUAGAAUAUCCACUUAAAGUGCAGUACUACACACUUCAGUGGCUGAUCUGCAUUUAUGCUCCUGUGACAUUCACUUCAUUAUUUAUAAAAUAUUGUAUAAUCUUUUUUCCAUCCUGAAAUAUUUGUGGAUUAAUAAUGUCUGACUAUAUUUGGGCUAAAAUAUCCAAAGUAAGAUGAGGAACAUCUAUUGGAAAGUUGAAUGUUGUAUGAUAUUACAAGUUAAACUGAGUGAUGACGCCUCAAGUUGCAGUGGACAUAUUCCUUGUUACAGUCCCUGAGUCUUUAAGGUUUAACAUUAUCUAUCCUUCUCUUGUGUUCUUAUGUGCUCUUUUUUUGUAAACAACUAUUCAUUUUUAUUGUUAUUCUGAAAUACUAUAAAGUAAGCAUACUUGAAAGUAUUAAGUUUCUCGCCUUAAGUGCUAUACAAAUACUAUGAUCCAGUUGUAUUCUCUUAAAGCAGUUUUUUUUUUUUUUUUUUCUCUUAACCAUUUCUGUCAUGAAGUGAACCAGAAUUGCAGAUUCUUCUCAAACAUUUGCACUGGAAGUUGCCUGUCUUUUGGAACUUGUGCCCAGAAUGAAAGUCCCUACAUCUGCCAUAAAGUGCACCUAUCUUCAGAUGCAUCCGUGACCUUGAAGUGUAAAGUAGUUCAGAAUUGAAGUUGUACCUUUUUUGGGACUAUAACAAGAGUAACUAAUUCAUUUUACAUUCUGUAUCUGCAUGGUCUUUAUGUAGCUCAAAAAAGAUGAACUGCUUAACUGUCAUUUUAAUAGUAUAAAGAUGGUUUUGUAUGCAAACUCUGUAAUGAUAGUCCAUAGUAAUGGUUGGUUGGUUGCUUCUUGAUUUUCAUCUACACAGAUACUACAGGUUGAAGAGAAUACAUUCAAAUUCAGUUUA